AUGGGAGAUCGGGACUGGCGACCAUUUAUUUAUGGCGGGCUCGCGUCAAUCGUUGCCGAAUUCGGUACGUUCCCAAUUGAUACAACCAAAACCCGGCUUCAGAUCCAGGGUCAGAAGAUAGAUCCUCGUCAUGUGGAGCUGCGGUACACGGGGAUGGUGGACUGCUUUGUUAAGACUUCACAGCAGGAAGGCAUUAAAGCGUUAUAUUGUGGGAUCUGGCCGGCCGUGCUCCGUCAAGCCACGUAUGGUACGAUCAAGUUCGGAACAUACUACUCGUUGAAGAAUGCGCUGGCGAAGAGGCGAGCCGACGGUGGCUCUAAGGAACAUCUGCCCACCAAUACGUUCUGCGCGGCCUUUGCUGGAGGCCUGUCCAGUGCCAUCGCUAACCCUACCGACGUGCUCAAGGUUCGGAUGCAGGUCGGUGACGAGAAACGCAACCUGGUCCGCUGCUUCGCGGAGAUGUGGGCGGUGGAGGGCGUGCGCGGGCUGUGGCGCGGCGCCGCGCCCACCGCGCAGCGCGCCGCGCUCAUCGCCGCCGUGGAGCUGCCGGCCUACGACGGCUGCAAGCGGCGCCUGCUGCCGGCGCUGGGCGACGCGCCGCUCAACCACCUGCUGUCCAGCCUGCUGGCCAGCCUGGGCAGCGCCGUGGCCAGCACGCCGCUCGACGUCGUGAGGACGCGGCUAAUGAAUCAGAAAAAAUUGAAAGACAGCGUAGCUAAGUCUAACGAUAACAUCUAUAAAGGAACGAUAGAUUGCUUUGUGCGGACGGUUCGCAACGAAGGUUUCCCGGCGCUGUACAAGGGCUUCGUGCCCACGUGGCUGAGGAUGGGGCCCUGGAACAUUAUCUUCUUCAUCACCUACGAGCAGCUCAAGCAGUUCUACUGA